CUUUUUUAAACAUGAAUAUUAGAAAUUAGAGAAAAACAAAUAUUCUUUAUAUCUAUCCGUAAAGUAUUUUUUGCGCUUAAAUCACGAAAUCACGACAUCGCUAAUCAUCUAUAAUGAGUUCCAAUGGUAACUGCGUUGUUGUGGUAUGGGAAGUAGAGUCAAUUUUAUUGAACAAAUACGUUCCAUACUCAUCGUCCGUCUCUCAGCAUUUAGAGAGAGCGUAUGCAAAGAAAUUGACUCAAGUCUUUCUCGGCGAUUCUGAUGCAAACUUAAUUGAAUAUUACGUGAAUUUGAGAACAAUGAAACAGUGUUCUGAGAAACCAGAUGCUGAGCAUCCUUUAGUGAAUGUACGAAGACAGUUUUAUAAUCCAUCAAGUCCUGCUGGCAAAGGCGUUAGAUGGGAAUAUGCUGGAAAUACAAAUAGUGAAUGGCACCAAUAUGAUAUGGAAAUUCAAUGCUUAAUAGAGGAUGCAUGGUCGAAUGGAAGUCAACAAAUUGAUAUUUCAUCAUCAUACAUUCAUAUGCCAUAUAUUAUAGACUUUUCAAACAUGACUCAAACACGCAAACCAAGUGGACCGAUUCGUCAAAUACGUAGAGUAUCUCAAGCACCGUAUCCACUGACAAAACUUCCAAGUGCAAUCAACUCAACGCAAUCAUCAAUGGUAUUAAAUACAAAACAAAUUGGAAAUUUUGUUCAUCCAGCAAAUAGUGCUAAUAAUUUAAGUACAAGUAGAAUGUCAAUCAAUUCGGCUAAUAGACGAAGUGUAAAGUCAAAUUAUCUGCAUCAUCAACAAGCGCUUUCAACAUCAUCACCUAGACUAUCAAAUUAUGGUGAUACAAUAUCUCAAACAGGUAGUACUCGUUCAGCUCCAUCUCAUGUAAUGUCAGGAAUUCCACCUAGCGGUAAAGCAACAGUAAAGCCACUAACGAAACCACCAAAACCUACAAAAACUAAUAAUUCUGAAUCGACAACCUCUCCAACGAAUCUCGCACGACAAAUUCUCAAUAAUCUCAACAUAUUUUCGCAUCAUCAUCACAAUCAUCAUGACAAGGGAGAAUCGUCUUCAAAUAAUAAUAAUAAUAACAAUAAUCAUAAAAAAGGUUUUCUCUUGAGUCAUGUAAACAGUAAUAAAUCAUCGAAAAAAUCAUUAUGUAAGAAUCUUCAUGGUAGUACGUCAACACUCGAUAUGGAAACAGUGAGCAUAAACUCAAGGCGACCGAGUGUUGAUACAAUUUCUACAUAUUUGAGCAAUGGAAGCAAAAAUAGUCGCGGUGGUUCAGUACGCGGGAAAACAAGUUACGGAUCUGUAUCAGAUCUAUUAAAUUGCUCAUUAAGUAGCGAGAACGAUGAUGUAUUCUUAUCAAGCCAUAGUAGUUUAUCUAGUAGUAUGAGUAUGAAUAUGAUAAUUAAAGGCAGUAUUGUUGGAGUCGAUUCCAGUAGUGAACAAAUUUCAAAGUUUGUGAGCGUUGUAAAUGACAUUUUACCACAAGCACCGCCAUGUCCAAUAUGCCUUAAUGAACUCCACCGAGAUAACAGUGCCAAGAACCCAACUGUGUCAUUAUCAAGAUGUCAGCAUCUAAUGCAUCUCAAUUGUCUUAAUGAAUUAAUUUUAAGUCAGAAAAGUGAUCUACAAAAGAAUUUAUACAUUGAAUGUCCAACGUGUGGUAUAAUAUAUGGAGAUAAAAGAGGAAAUCAGCCUCCAGGAACGAUGAGCUGGAUUACUAUUCCAAAAUCCCUGCCAGGUCAUGAAGACUGCAACACAAUUCAAAUAAUUUAUAACAUUGCAAGUGGAAUUCAAAAUCAGAAUCAUCCAAAUCCUGGUCGGGCAUUUUUUGCUGUCGGUUUUCCAAGAAUUUGCUACCUACCUGAAAAUCAAACGGGUCGAAAGAUUCUCAAAUUUCUAAAAAUAUCAUUCGAUCGUGGAUUACUAUUUUCAAUUGGUAGAUCAGCAACAACAGGAAAGGAGGAUGUUGUAGUGUGGAAAAAUGUCGAGCAUAAGACACAAUUCUCAAUGUAUCCAGAUCCAACGUUUUUACAAAGAGUAAUGGAGCAACUCGUACAUCUUGGCGUGACGGAUUAAAAAAAUAGUACAAAAUUUUUGCUUUCGUGCAUUGCAUGAGAUGUCGACAAAGGAUUUCUCUUGAUUAAUGACUGUCUUACAUGAUCUUAUGAUUAUGAAAACUUUUCUCACAAGAAUUUAAGCUCUAAAGCAGAUAACAAGAUGGAUUAAAUCCUUUUGUUAAAUAUAUUUC